AUGAGUCAGGUCCCAGAAGCCUUGCUGUUUUCCGUGUCAGAUGGGGCCCAGGAGAAUGAGAGGAAUCUCAUGGACCCCUCUUUGGAUGGGCGAGGGGUGGUGCCUGCGGAGGGUGGGCCUCAGCUUCUUUGGGAGGCCAGGCCCAGCCUCGACGCGCCCCAUCCACCCCAGACGUGCUGCAGGAAAUCCCUGACCCCGCCACUGCCCAGCUCCACAACGGAAGCACCCCGCAUCUUCGGAGGCCCUGACUGGGAGGCGGAGGUGAAGUGUGUGUGUGUAAGGAACGUCAACAACCACAGCCUGCCCGCCGCUCCACCAGGGUCACCGAGCGCUGUCGCACCGAACCGAUGCGUGGACGCGGCCGACGCGUGCACCGCGGAUGCGCGAUGCCAGCGGUUGCGCACCGCAUACGUGGUGCAGUGCCUGGGUCGGGCCGCGCCGGGGAGCUGCCCCCGCGCCCGCUGCCGCCGCGCCCUGCGCCGCUUCUUCGCCCGCGGGCCGCCCGAGCUUACCCACGCGCUGCUCUUCUGCCCGUGCGGCGGCCCCGCAUGUGCCGAGCGCCGGCGCCAGACCUUCGUGCCCUCCUGCGCCUUCUCGGGUCCUGAACCGGCCCCGCCCUCCUGCCUCGCGCCCUUAGACGCCUGCGAGCACAGCCGGGUCUGCAGGCCCCGCCUCUUGGCCUUCCAGGCUUCCUGCGCGCCUGCCCCCAGCAACCUGGACGGCUGCCUUCGAGACCAGAUCCCCAGCUGCCUGCGCGCCUACGCCGGCCUCGUGGGCACCGCCGUCACCCCCAACUACGUGGACAACGCUAGCGCGCGCGUGGCACCCUGGUGCGACUGCGGAGCUAGCGGAAACCGGCGCGAGGAGUGCGAAGUCUUCCGGGGGCUCUUCACAAGGAACCGCUGCUUGGAUAGAGCCAUACAGGCCUUUGACGGUGGGUGGCCCUCAGUCCUACACGACCAGCUGGACCCCCACCAGGACCCUGAGCACAGCCUCCUACAGGUGUCCUCUGCAGAUGCGUCCCUGGAGGGGAGCUCCAUGCUCUCCGUGCUCCCUGUUCUGGUUCUCCAGCCCCUGCUCUGAUGAGAACAGCAGACCUUGGACAACAGCCAACUGUCCCACCCUGCCUGGGAUACUGGGCCUCAUUGGUGACCUACUGCCCCACUGAAAAGGGACUGGCUUACCUCCUAAGCUGGCCCCAGUGCUCUUGCCUUACUGCCCUUUGCAGGUCUGGACACUUUUAUCAUGCUUUAAGGGUAGACUUAAACAGACUUGUAGGCAAAACUCCCUCUGAACAGACUUGUAGGCAAAACUCCCUUUACUACUCCAGCCGUCAUGGCAUCCUCCCAGUUAGGCACCACCCAUCAUGAUAGCCACCUGCACCCCAUAACUAACGUUGUCAGAGUGUUUCCUGUCCACGAUAUGCUGCUUGUGGGACACCACCUAGAGUGAGAAUCCAGUUCCCUACAUUGCACUGGUCAUAUGGCCAUCUUCCCAGUGGUUCAACCUGGCACUAGGAAUGGCAUCCAUAACUCAAUAAAUCCAUGUGCACUGAGACUGGCCUUGCUUUCAUGUGAUCUGUGUCCUGGGAGGCUGGAGACCAAGGUCAGCCACAGGGUGUGCCUCUGCUGGCCUCCAAGAACUUGGGUGGCCUCAGAACCUCUCCAGGCAUCAUCUUCUCACCUGUGGAUGCUGAACUGAAUCACCUCUCAGGUCCUAGUGGCAGGGACUUUGGUUGCUUUUGUUUAUUCUUUCAUUCUCUGCUAGUAAUCAGAUAAACACAGUACAUGUCCCAGCCUCCCUUGCAGUUAGGGGGUGUUCAUGUGACACAUUUCUGGCCAGUGAGUGAAAUUCACAGAUAAGGCUUCCCGGAGAGCUCUUUAAAAAGGAGUAGACUUGCUGACUGGGCCCUUUAGCCUCUGGCCUCAACCCUCCCCUUUUUUUGCCCAAAACUUGGAGGCAAUGCCUGGGAGCAUGGGCACCAUCUUGAAAGUGGAACCAUAUGACAUUGUGGCUCACCAGCCCGUCUACCUUCCUCUGGACCUUAUUAUGUGAGAAAAAUUAUACCCCUAAUUUGUUUAAGCCAGUUUCUCCCCAGGUGUCUGUUAUUUGCAGCCAAACAUAGGCCCUGAUUGACACACUUCCACUUAUGGUGUUCCUGGGAGCCCCGGGAUCACCUGCUGUUCUCACUUAGGGAAGCCCUACCUCCGUGCACACAGAGCCUCGCCCUGAUAGACACUUGAAAGAUGGUGGUUUUGUUUUUUGAUUUCUGCAUAAUUUAUGUUUCUGUCCACGUGGAGCGUCAAAUUCUUUCCUUGAGCUGAGGGAAAUUUAUCAUAAAGCUUUUUAUAAACACUGUGGCCAGUGUGGACGCAGAGAAUGCCAAGGGCAUCGUGUUAAAUUGCAGUUCUGUGGAGGAGUUUUGGGCGGAGAGGGCAGAACAAUGGGGGCAAGGUACUAAGCCUUCCUCAAAAGCUUGGGGACUCCUGAUGAGUUAACGUGUCUCUGGACUGCUCCUUCUCAAACUUGGUUGAGAUUUGGCAGGGACUGUUGCCAAACCUUGUCUCCCUAUGCACCGAUGCUGAAUAGAAAUAUGGAGACAGAGAUUUGGAAGAUAAGAAAUAGAGAGGCUUUUUUCUUUGCCAGGCAAAAGGAAGACACAGUAGGCUAGCGCCUCAAGAACUGUGCCCCACCUUCCUUGGGGAAUUACAGGGAUUCUUAUAGGGGGAGUUCACAGUCCUGAAGUGAGUGAUAAGGAUCAAAAUACUGAAGUUCUUGCAUUCUUCUUCUUGCACUAUUUCAAA